UUCUGUUUUUCCCUAUCCCCCAAUUUAGAUUCUAUUUUAUUAAUAUUUUUUAUUUUUUGGCUCCCUUUUCCUCUCCGGCUGCAAUCAGCAUCGGAGGAUGGUCUUCCUCCUCCCGCGAUCCUAAUCCCCCAUUAGGGUUUCCCCCCAAAUCUCGUAUCAGGUUUUUCUAGGCAGGGAUAGAGGCAUAGGGCGUUACUGUAAGAAGCCAUGAACGAUAGGAAGACGAUUGACUUGGACCAAGGAUGGGAUUUCAUGCAGAAGGGCAUCACCAAGCUCAAGAACUUCUUAGAGGGUCUGCCCGAGCCUCAAUUCAGCUCGGAGGACUACAUGAUGCUCUACACCACAAUCUAUAACAUGUGCACUCAGAAACCGCCCCAUGAUUACUCUCAACAGCUCUAUGACAAGUACAAGGAGUCUUUUGAGGAGUACAUCAAUUCUACGGUCUUGCCUUCACUGAGAGAGAAACAUGAUGAGUUCAUGCUGAGAGAACUUGUCAAGAGGUGGGCAAACCAUAAGGUUAUGGUUAGGUGGCUCUCCCGUUUCUUCCACUAUCUGGAUCGUUACUUCAUUGCUCGGAGGUCGCUUCCUCCUCUUAAUGAAGUUGGGCUCACUUGCUUCCGUGACCUGGUAUAUCAGGAGCUCUAUGCCAAAGUUAGGGAUGCUGUAAUCACCCUGAUUGAUCAAGAACGCGAGGGAGAACAAAUUGACAGAGCUCUAUUGAAGAAUGUUCUGGACAUAUUUGUUGAGAUUGGUAUGGGACAAAUGGAACGUUAUGAGCGUGAUUUUGAAGAUGACAUGCUUAACGAUACAGCUGCCUAUUAUUCCCGAAAGGCUUCUAGUUGGAUCUUGGAAGACUCUUGUCCAGACUACAUGCUGAAGGCUGAAGAGUGUCUGAAACGUGAAAAGGAUAGGGUGUCUCAUUAUUUGCACUCAAGUAGUGAACCGAAGUUACUCGAGAAAGUUCAACAUGAGCUGUUGGCUGUUUAUGCAAAUCAAUUACUUGAGAAGGAGCACUCAGGAUGCCAUGCAUUGCUUAGAGAUGACAAGGUGGAAGACUUGUCCAGAAUGUUCAGGCUUUUCUCGAAGAUACCACGGGGUUUGGAUCCUGUUGCAAACAUGUUUAAACAGCAUGUUACUGCCGAAGGCACUGCCUUGGUCAAACAAGCUGAAGAUGCUGCAGCCAACAAAAAGGCUGAGAAGAAGGAUGUGGUUGGUCUUCAGGAACAGGUUUUCGUGAGAAAAGUAAUUGAGCUCCAUGAUAAGUACCUAGCAUACGUCAACGCUUGUUUCCAGAAUCACUCACUUUUCCACAAGGCGCUCAAGGAAGCCUUUGAGGUCUUCUGCAACAAGGGAGUUGCUGGAAGCUCGAGUGCAGAAUUGCUAGCAACCUUCUGCGACAACAUUCUUAAAAAGGGCGGCAGUGAGAAAUUGAGUGAUGAAGCCAUUGAGGAAACACUUGAGAAGGUGGUAAAGCUGCUUGCCUACAUCAGUGAUAAGGAUCUGUUUGCUGAGUUCUACCGGAAAAAGCUUGCUAGGAGACUUCUUUUUGACAAGAGUGCUAAUGAUGAUCAUGAGAGGAGUAUUUUGACCAAGCUAAAGCAGCAAUGUGGUGGUCAGUUCACCUCGAAGAUGGAGGGGAUGGUUACUGAUUUGACCUUGGCAAGAGAGAAUCAGACCAGCUUUGAAGAAUAUCUCAGCAACAACCCUAAUGCGAAUCCCGGGCUUGAUUUAACAGUGACGGUUCUUACGACCGGCUUUUGGCCAAGUUACAAGUCCUUUGAUCUAAACCUACCGGCAGAGAUGGUACGGUGUGUGGAGAUUUUUAAGGAAUUCUAUCAAACAAAAACAAGUCACAGGAAACUCACAUGGAUAUAUUCGCUUGGUACUUGUAAUCUCAUUGGUAAAUUCGAUCAGAAACCUGUGGAGCUGAUAGUAACGACAUAUCAGGCUGCUGCCUUGCUGCUAUUCAACUCCUCAGACAGAUUGAGCUACUCGGAGAUCAUGACGCAAUUAAAUCUGAGUGACGAUGAUGUUGUGAGGCUCCUUCACUCCUUGUCUUGUGCCAAAUAUAAGAUCCUCAAUAAAGAGCCUAACACAAAGACAAUAGCUCCUACUGACCACUUUGAAUUUAACUCCAAAUUUACUGACAAAAUGAGGAGGAUCAAGAUUCCGCUUCCACCGGUAGAUGAGAAGAAGAAAGUAAUCGAGGAUGUGGACAAGGACAGGAGGUAUGCAAUUGAUGCCUCGAUUGUGCGCAUCAUGAAGAGUAGGAAAGUUUUAGGUCACCAACAGUUGGUCAUGGAAUGUGUCGAGCAGUUGGGUCGCAUGUUUAAGCCGGACUUCAAAGCAAUCAAGAAGAGGAUCGAGGAUCUGAUCACUCGUGACUAUCUCGAGCGGGACAAGGACAAUCCGAACUUGUUCAGGUACCUUGCCUGAGAUGAUCCGAAAGACGGAUUUUCCCCAGGGAAAGCUGCUGCUACCUGCCUCUACCGCUGUCGGUGGCUGGGUAGUGUCAAGGGUUUCAUCAGUGCGGUGGCAGGUUGGGAAAACAUUUGUAAUGUAAAUGCUGCUUCUGUGCCUCGUCUCAGUCAAAUAUGCUUUUGUGAAGCUUUAGGUUUGGGCCGGAAAGAUGAGUGUACAUUUUUUGUCUUAUUUUUAGGGAUUCUGCACCCAAUAUAUGCUCUUAUUGUUUUUGUUAACGGUCCCAUAAUGGUCCAGUAUGUGAAUCUGAUGCAUGGAUCACAUAUCUUUGCUUAACCUCUUGCUCUCGCCUCAAAUUUAUGAUAUUCCUUCACAUCUGAUGA